UCCUCGACUCCUGUCUCGCUGAAGCUGACUAGGGUGAGCGCGCGCCCUUCACGCACACAUCACAUCAUCUAUCUCCUGCCAUCAGAUCAGCUCUCAGCACACCGCUUCACGCACCGAGGACCCAGAGACAUUUUCACACCCUCGUACCUGAUAUCAUGGCCUCAGUCCUGGAGAAACUCAUCACCUCCCUGAGCAGCGGCCCUGCACAACCUCCCACCAACAAGGUGACCGUGGUGGGAGUGGGGCAAGUAGGCAUGGCCUGUGCGGUCAGCAUCCUGCUCAAGGACCUGUGUGAUGAGCUGGCGCUGGUUGAUGUGCUUGAGGACAAGCUGAAAGGAGAGAUGAUGGACCUGCAGCAUGGCAGCCUCUUCCUCAAGACCCACAAGAUCAUUGCUGAUAAGGACUACGCUGUGACGGCUAACUCCCGCAUCGUGGUGGUGACGGCCGGCGUCCGUCAGCAGGAGGGAGAAAGCCGCCUCAACCUGGUGCAGAGGAACGUCAACAUCUUCAAGCACAUCAUCCCUCAGAUCGUCAAACACAGUCCCAACUGCAUCCUCAUCGUCGUCUCCAACCCAGUGGACAUCAUGACGUACGUGACGUGGAAGCUCAGCGGCCUUCCCAAGCACCGCGUCAUCGGCAGCGGCACCAACCUGGACUCGGCCCGGUUCCGCUUCAUCAUGGCCGAGAAGCUGGGCAUCCACGCCACCAGCUUCAACGGCUACAUCCUGGGAGAGCACGGAGACUCCAGCGUGCCUGUGUGGAGCGGCGCCAAUGUCGCCGGAGUGAACCUGCAGAAGCUCAACCCCGCCAUCGGGACGGAUCAGGACAGUGAGAACUGGAAGGAGGCUCACAAGAUGGUGGUGGACAGUGCCUACGAGGUGAUUAGGCUGAAGGGUUACACUAACUGGGCCAUUGGGAUGAGUGUCGCUGAUCUGACCGAGAGCCUGGUGAAGAACCUGAGCAGAGUCCAUCCUGUCUCCACCAUGGUCAAGGGCAUGUACGGGAUCGGUGAUGAGGUGUAUCUCAGCCUGCCCUGUGUCCUGAACGCCAGCGGUGUGACCAGCGUGAUCAACAUGACCCUGACUGACGGGGAGGUGGGGCAGCUCAAGAAGAGCGCUGAAACCCUGUGGAACAUCCAGAAAGACCUGAAGGACCUGUGAAGUCCUCCUGUAGUGCCACACACACACUUCUAACCCCUCCACUUAACACACACAUCUUGCAUAAAUGCAGGAAGUGGAUAUAUUUGUACUUCAUGGUCAUUUUUUUGGUCUUUCUGCUUUCAUUGUUCAAGCUCCGAGUCAGAAUCCUUUCUUUCCUGCUGUGGUGAAGAACAUGUAAUAACAUCAGGGUUUUUUUUUUUUUUUUUUAAAAAACAACAAAAAAAAAUCUAGUAGACGGUGAGGAGUUUUGUAGUCUUUCUGAAGCCAGACUGAAAUAUAGUGAUAUAUUUCCCUAAAAAAUGAUAAAUGUGCUUAAAAGUUAAUAAAGCAGUCAUUAAAUCCUGA